AUGGGCAAGUCAGGGAGUAAAGUUCUCAUAGAAACCUCUGUGGAUGGGGUUCAAGCACAGCCAACCCCUGCUGUUGCUCCUCCUGCUGCUGCUGCUGCUGCUGUUAAAUUCGAAGGACAAACUAAAACCAGCAGGAUGAAGGUGAAAUGGACCCAGCUUGGUUUGGUGUUCUUCCUCAUAUUGUCACUGGUGAUGACAGGAUGCUUCUUCUGGCAAUAUCAGAUGCCAAAAGUCCAGCCAGAUGAAGGAAUGGGUCGCAGUGCCAAAUCAGAGAUGAUGUGUCCCCGUUUCCCAGAGCCUCUACCUCUGGAGCAUCCUAUCCCCAGUCUAAAAGAAGCACUGGAAAAGGUGGACGUUUUGCUUCGGCAGACCAUCAACCCUAUCAGCCUUCCUGCCUUGUCGGCCAUCGUAAUCCUAAAUGACACUAUUUUGUGGACAGGCAACUUUGGAAAGCGGAAUGCCAGCGACCCUCACUCAGGACCAACAAACGAGUACACAAUUUACAGAAUUGCAAGUUUAUCAAAACUUUUUCCAACGCUGAUGCUGUACAAGCUGUGGGAGGACGGGAAGAUUGGCUCCCUUGAUGACCCUCUGGAGAAAUAUGUGGAGAACUUCACCAUCAAAAACCCUUUGGGGAAGAUGCGAGACUCCGAGUUGAAAUAUGUGACAGAUGGCCUGAUAUUUCUCGACAGUGGAGAAGUUCAGAUCCGCUCAUCUUCAGUCACUCUGCGGAGGAUGGCUAGCCAGCUCUCGGGCCUGCCCAGGAGGCUCCGAGCUACAAAUUUGCUUUGGAAAGGAAAAACUCAAUCUGCAAUCAAUCUUCUACAAGAUGAUGUCCUCGUUGCGGAUCCAGGCACCAAAUGUCACUACAGUAACCUUGCCUUCUCACUACUCGCUCAUGUGAUGGCAGAGCGAGUGGCCGGAGUUGACUACCAGCGAUGGAUCACAGAGAACAUCCUGGACCGGCUGGGGAUGGAAGACACCAGCUUUGACCUCACCCCAGGGAUGCAGAGCCAAUUGGCUGUUGGAGUGUACUCAAAUGGAAAACCAGCCCCACUCUAUGACCUCGGCUGGUAUCGGCCUUCUGGUCAGAUGUUCUCAACAGCUGCAGAUUUGGCCAAGCUUGCAAUGAUGCUGCUGGGUGCGUAUCAUCGCAAGCUGCUGGAGCCAGACUCUUUGAAGAUUAUGCUGACCCCACUCUUUAGGUGCGAUAAGGAUUAUUUUGCUAACCGUACUGGAACGCCAUGGGAGGUGAAUGAACUGAUGGGCUAUGAAUUGUUGCGUAAAGAUGGGGAUUUGGAUGGCUACUCUGCCACUUUUUCCCUGGUUCCCAGACUGAAGCUUGGCCUAGUGGUGCUAAUGGCAGGCAGCCGAUCUCAGAAACAGGAUGUGGUCACAAAGGCCUACAACCACAUUGUCCCAGCCAUAGAGAGAGCCUUCAGGGAGGCCAAAAAGGUCCUUGUUGCUCCUCCAAACCCUGAUCAUUACAUUGGAUUUUUCACUUACAGCAACAUCACUUUCUAUGAGAUCAAAGUAGGGCCAGACGGAGUCCUUAUCAUGCAGCAGUUUGGUCCUCAGAUUGAAGAGCUCAUACCAGAGAAGUACAGGACAAUAAAACUUAACUACCUGGUUGAUCGUGUGUUUAAAGUGGUGUUUGAAAAAGAGUACCCUUGUGUUUUGCGAGUCGGCACCGCUUCAGUGUCCCUGGAAGCCCAAGAUGGCCAAUUAUUUAACUUCUACGUGUUUAAUAAGCAGGGUUUAUCUCCAGGUUUUGAUGCACCAGGGCUGAACACAUAUAACGUGGUCAGAAUACCCCGUAGGCCAACCUUCUCCAGCUGAAUUGCAACCGUGUUGUGGCCUAAAGACAAACGUUGUGUCCUUGGGAUGUGUAAGGGGAUUAAAUAGACAUUAUAAAAUAUCAAAAGACUGAAGUGAGAUGUUGCGAUUAUUCUAGAGGUCAAAGACAUGAUAUUGCUUUUGAUGUACAGAGAGCACAGAUAAGCAUGGCAUCAUGUUCAUCCAGCUGUAUAAUGUCCUUCAGAGAAAAUGUAUUAAAUUCACUUUUGAACGAUGCAUAUGAA